UAACACUCAAACAACCCGGAUUGAUAAAUAGCGACAGGUAAGAGUAGGUAAAACCAUAAUAUUUUAUAUGGGUACCACUUUCUAAUAGGUUGGUUGUAAGUUGUAACUAAUAGCUUUAUUAAUGGUUAAUAAAUCAUGAAUUAAUGUUGCUAAUAGAUCAGCAAUAAAGAAAACUUUUGGGUUGUGGAAAGUCCUUGAUGACCCUUCAUUUUACAGGUCUGUAUUUCCUGUUUACUUCCUAAUAACGUCCAAGAGGGCUUUCUAACAGAAGAAGGUAAUUUUGGUACAGGUCUAGGGACAGUGAUCAGUUGGUUCACCAUCAAUGGAUCAAUUUCACUUAAUGCCAGCAUAACCUGGAGAGUCAGUUAGAGCACAGCAGGUCAGCUAUACAUGCAGCUAUACUUCCAUGGUAAUUACAAUGAAAAUUCAGACCGAUAAAACAAAGUGCUACCAAUCUUUUUGUCAGGUGUUUAUCUACUUCACAUAGGCCUAUUUAUCUACCUUAAUAUUCAACAACUAAAUAUUGAUGUUUUGUUAAUAAUACACAUAUGACAUAUGAUGAUAAUGUCCUGUAAAGCAGUGGUGCUCAACGUUUUCUGUGUUGUAGAUCCCAGUUUGAUAGGAUUUAACUUCUGGGACCUUGAUUGGAAACAUUUUUGUUGUUAGAUAUGAUGAAGACCAGAAUUUUACAGUUUCCAACUACAGUUGAGGAGAUAACCGUGGAGGAAUGAAAAUAAACUAUUCCCCUUUUUUCUGGGGACCCCUGGAUGAGAAACACUGUAAAUAAUCCAGCGCCCCUUAACCAUUUCUGUCUUCCUCCUCCAAUACCAUGUGGUCACAGACAAAGAAGAGGUAAAGAUGAAUUUGAUAGAUCACGUUAUUAUUUUGUUAUGGUGAACUCUCCUGGCUACGAUAAUUAUGUAGUAAAAAUCUGAUAUUGUGGCAGAACUAUCAUAUAUAUAAAUUACCAUGUUGGCUUAAAGUUUGAGGUUAAGAUUCUACCUGUUUGAUAUGACAAAAAUCCUAAAUGGAUCUUGUUUAGUCAACCAACAUUUACUUACAUUUAACUUAGAAAGUGGAACCAUUAUACCUCUAUGAUGACGAAACUACACUGACUGAAGCCUGUAAGAACUAACAUAAAGCCUGUAAACAUUCAUAUUCAGCUGCUUCCUUAAGAAAACACACAGUUGCCUGGAGCUGCAGCUCUUUGAUUCACAAACCGUCACCAACAGCAGCCAUUGUCUGUUCCUCAUAGUUGUGUGUUUUCAUCUCUCUGGAAUAAAUACUUCUGCUCCCAUAUCUUUCUGGAAGCACAAACAGAACUGCUGAGCUCCACAGUUUCACUUUGCAAUCGCACAAAAGCAGCCCUGAAUUGUCCUCACCGGGCAGCCAAUGAGCUCAAAGCAGCAGCAGCAGCUCAGUGUCCACCAGCGGCCAGCCGGGGCCAGUUUCCUGCCGGACUCCCGUGGGUGUUGGGAGUCAAAAAGAAUUUUCUAAUCCGUCACCAUUGUGCCAAUUGUCUAUAAAAAUUAAUGUGCGAGUGAAGCUCUGCCUUCACAGUAGGGCUAUCAAAUUCCAAAUCACUGUUCAUGAAAGAUUCCAAACAAAGACAUGAAUGACUCUGAAGAUUUCAAGACCCAUUGUGUGUUUUCCAGGAGGGCCAGAGUAGAAGCAAAGACCAAAUAGAUGGUACAAGGAUGAGCCUGGGUCACAGGAAGGGAGUGAGGGUGACUGGGAGACAUGUACCACCGGUGGACUGGAGCAGCAGCAGCAGUGGAGGUCCAUCCAUCGUCCACUCUCCCACCAGCACCCCUGUACCUCCAGAUACCCCCACUGUGAUCUCCAUCACCCCCCUGCCUCACAGGGCCCAUGAGAGAGUUGAUGAUCCCAGGAUGGACAAACCGGCGACCGGGGAGGACUGGUCCACAGACGCGUCGUCUCAAACCAGGGUGUCCUUUGGUGAGAUGGGCGUUCCCCGGCAGACCAUGGAGGAGCUGAAGACCAUCCUGAGGGAAAGUCCUCUGCUCAGCAUCCGGGGUAGAGAUGAUGGGAAGCCAGGGAGUCCUUAUACAUACCUCCACGGAAGCAGCAGCAGUGGCGGUGGUGUUGGUGGAAGGCCCGAUGGACGACAGGACGAUGGAAACCCCAACAGGGUGUUCAGCACCUUCAAACCCCAGUCUGACGCUUCCAGAAGGGGGCCCAUGUCCAGAGAUAGCACAUCUAUUCAGCAGCCUUCCGGCAUGGAUUCAUCCAGCUCACUCAGGUCUGAUGCCAACACAAAUAGGCAGCCUGGAGUCAGGGAUCACACAUAUGCAAGCAGCGGCUCCUGGGGCGAGACUGGAGGUUCUAAUACAGAUAACGAGACCGAGUCAGUCGAGAUCUUUGGGAAUCAGAGGUUCAUUUCAGCCAUGGAGCAGAUCAAGCAGCAGAUUGCCAGAGAAAACAUCAACUUUGUCCGCUUUGAGGCCACCGACCUCCACGGGGUGUCCAGGUCCAAGACAGUGCCUGUCCGCUUCUUCCAUGAGAAAGCGGUAUAUGGGGUACCGAUGCCGAGAAGCUACUUGGAGCUGACCCUGAGCCCUAAGAGCAACGAAGUGGACAAUGCCAGCACCGCCAACUUCAGCAGUGAUGUCCUCCUGAUCCCUGAUCUUUCAACCUUCAGGGUCUUACCCUGGGCCGAGCAGACAGCCCGAGUCAUCUGCGACCCCUGCACUGUGACAGGAAGCCCCCUUCGCACCUCACCUCGCCUCAUUGCCAAGCAGCUCCUCGGCCAGCUCCAAAGCAUGGGAUUCUCCCUGCACUCAUCCUUCACCUACGAAUGCUGUGUCCUCGGAGCGCCAGAUCGGAUCGGGCCAAAGACACUCAUGUUCCCGGCCACCACCCUGCUCAGCAAUCAUGACCUGCCAUUCUUCCAGCAGCUGGUGGACAGCAUGUACUGCAUGGGUGCAGACAUAGACAGCAUCGCCUCUGCAAGCGGCCCCGGCCAGAUGGAGAUCAACCUGAGGCCAGAGUUUGGGAUUGCUGCUGCUGAUACCGCCUUCACUUUCCGCACAGGCAUCAAAGAAAUGGCCCGUAAACACAGCUACAUUGCCAGCUUCUUCACUGAUGAUGGCCUGUACAAUGCUGGGGUGCUCUCUCACAGCUUGUGGGAUGCUAACGGGCGACGUAGCCUCUUCCUUAGCGGGGAGAGGGCAGGCGAGCUAUCUGAGAUUGGCAGAAAAUGGCUGGCCGGGCUCCUCACCCACUCUGCUGCCCUGAGCUGCCUGAUGUCGCCCGGCCUGGGCUGCCGGAGCCACAUCGCCAAAACAAUCAAAGACCCCAAAAGGAUGUUAUAUGCAACAUGCGGUUCCAACGAUAACAGCAGCUCCUUCAACAUCAAGUGUCACGGCGGGAGGGAGACGCACAUUGACAACAAGCUGGGCUCAGCCAUGGCCAACCCUUACAUUGUCCUGGCUGCUACUGUGGCCGCAGGACUGGACGGCAUCAGGCGAAACCUGAAUGUUGAGAGUGGUCUGAACAAAGCCCCCACUCAGCAGAAGGAGUUCGCCAUUCCCGUGAAGCUCGACGAAGCUCUGGAUGCAUUGGGGGAGGAUCACGUCAUCCGCAGCACCCUUGGAGAGCCGUUCGUUCAGUAUUUCAUCGCCAUGAAAAAGUUUGAGAUCGAGACCCAAGAACUGGAUGAUGAGAGGAACAAGUGCCUGGAGUAUUUCAUCUAGAAAUCCUCCUUGUUUUAUAAUAUGAGAAACACACUUCCUCCUGCCACACAAAUAAAAGCAUGAAAAACAGCUUGAAUAGCUUUUUAUUUUAUAUAUUAUGUUGAUACUUAAUUAUUAUUAUUAUACAGAUUGUAGAUGUUUUUCAGUUGUUUCA